AUGGUUUCGAAAUGUGACACGAUUAUAAUCGAAAACAAAAUGUUAAGAGACGAAUUUAAUGAUUUAUAUCCACGAUACUUCAUGGCUGUACUCAUCUUUCUCAUCAGUUUACUUCUAUUUGUGAUGAUAUUCGCUUACCAUCCAAGCGGUGUGAUCGAAGUUAAUAAUAUAAACAUAACAAAAAUUUCCAAUGAACAACGUUAUCAGCAUUAUUUGUAUUUUCCUCGAUCCGAACGUUUGUUAUAUCGAGAGAAGGCACGAGAAAUGUUUCAGUUUGGUUAUGAUAAUUACAUGAAAUACGCUUUUCCACAAGAUGAACUCGAUCCGAUUCAUUGUCAAGGUCGUGGACCAGAUGUCGAACGACCAGAAAAUUACAAUAUCAAUGAUGUACUCGGACAAUUCUCUUUGACGUUAAUCGAUAGUUUGGACACUCUAGCUGUUAUGGGUAAUGUUUCUGAAUUUCAACAUGCUGUUCGACUUGUUAUUGAUCAUGUUCGUUUUGAUCGAAAUUCGACGAUUCAAGUAUUCGAAGCAACUAUUCGAGUACUCGGUGCCUUGCUUUCCGCACAUUUGUUAAUUGUUGAUCCACUACAACCAUUCGGGAAAUUAGCGAUUCCAGAUUAUGAUAAUGAAUUACUCGAUCUUGCUCACGAUUUAGCAUCGAGAUUGUUACCAGCAUUUGACAAAACACCCUCUGGUUUGCCUUUCCCUCGAGUGAAUUUAAUGACCGGGAUUGUUGAUGGUUCGAGAAAUGACACAUCGACAGCAGGAGCUGGUUCACUUUCACUUGAAUUCAGUAUUCUAAGCCGUUUGGUUGGCGAUCCAGUGUAUGAACGUGUCGCUCGGCGUGCAGUGAAUUCUUUAUGGGAUAAGCGUAAUAAUAUCACAGGAUUAUUAGGCAAUAUUAUCGAUGUGAAUAGUGGUGAAUGGCUUGGUCAAUUAUCGGGUCUCGGUGCUGGUAUUGAUUCUUUCUUUGAAUAUCUACUCAAAAAUUAUAUUUUGUUCGGUGAUGAGUCUGAUCUACGUAUGUUUGAUGAUGCAUAUCGAAGUGUCACUCAAUAUCUUCGCAAAGGUCGAGGCAAUUGCAUGGACGAAGAUGGUAUACAUCCAAUGUUUGUCAAUGUGAACAUGCAAACAGGACAAUUAGCAACCACGUGGAUUGAUGCAUUACAAGCAUCUUUUCCUGCUGUACAGGUUUUACGUGGCGACAUCGACGAAGCGAUCUGUCUACAUGCAUUGUAUUAUUCGAUUUGGAGAAAAUUUGGAGUUCUACCUGAACGGUUCAAUUGGCAAAUCAAGAUGCCUGAUGUUUUGUUUUAUCCAUUGAGGCCGGAAUUCAUCGAGUCCACUUAUUUUUUAUACCAAGCAACAAAAAAUCCCUUUUAUUUACAUGUCGGUCGAGAUAUUUUAGAUAAUUUAAAUGCCUAUACACGAGUCGAAUGUGGUUUUGCAACUGUGCAUGAUGUUCGUGAUAAAACAUUGGAGGAUCGAAUGGAAUCUUUUUUUCUCAGUGAAACAUGCAAAUAUCUCUUUUUAUUAUUUGAUGAAGAGAAUUAUUUGAAUCAACACGGCGCUAAUCAUUACAUAUUUACAACUGAAGCGCAUAUAAUACCUUUGAUGGCAAAAUUAAGACGAAAAGUUUGGGAUUUUAACGAAAUGGCGGCAUCGAACGAAAAUCAAGAGAAUGAAAAUGACUAUGGACCACCUAAAAGUGAACAUGAAUUAAUCAACGUCAAUCGGGAGCUAGUGAAAGUUGAAAAAAGCAUCAUUUCAUUCCGGAAGAAAACAGUUAAUGAAACAAGUUGUCGAUCUCGGCCGCUAUCUGAUCGACAUCAACUUCCACUUAGUGCUAAUCUACUCUAUCAAGUCGAUGAAAUGGUUGGGGUUCUACUAGGCGUCCUAGGCGUUAUUGCAUCGCUCUAUACGUUUUAUGUCAAGAAACAACAUGAAAAAAAUCCAAAGUACAAAGCCAUGUGCGACUUGGGACCGAAUGCAAGUUGUACGAAAGUCUUAACUAGCAAAUAUGGCACAGGUUUUGGUAUUGUGAGUACCUUAUUCGGUAAAAAUAGUAAAUUAAACGCAUCAAAUGGACACUUGGGUAUUAUCUUCUACACUUUACAGAUCUUCUUUGGGCUGAUACCGAUUCCAUUAUUUACUAAACUGGCUUUAUGUUCAUCUGUCUUAGCUUGUCUUGGUUCUUUGUAUUUAGCUUGUAUCUUAGCAUUCGUUCUCAAAGAUCUAUGUCUAGUCUGUAUUACCACAUAUAUCAUUAACGCUGGACUUCUUUGGUCGAACUACAAAAAUGUUUACUAA